CUAAAGAGGAACCUUUCUCUCUAAGCGGUGUCACCAUGUUAUUGUUCCCCUGCGUGUUCAGACCACACGUUCACAUCGUGAAGCGAGAUACAUCGUAAAUUCUUUAUAUUUCCUGAAGCAAAUUUCCAGCAUGCAUUUAACACACGAACUGGAGCUCUUUCCCGGCUACAAAGUGACUCAAAUGCUUUUCAAGGAGGUAAAAAAUGCGGCAGAGUUGAGACAGUGUGCGGUGGAGGGGAAAAUAAACGGUGCUCUGAUCAACCCAACGAUGCUGGUAAAUCCUUUCCAAGUGCUCGUAGCUGCCAACAAGGCUGUUAACUCACAGAACAAUGGGAAAAUGAAGACAAGAAGCUUAUACUCAGAAAUAAUAUUCAACCUAUCACCGACUAAUAAUAUCUCAGAGGCGUUCAAAAGGUUUGGGUGCUCUGAUGGCGAUGACUCUGUCCUGGUGGUCUUGAUUCACAACGAAGACGAGUCCCAGCUUUUAGCAGACCUCACAGCCCGGGUGAGCGGACGGCAGGUUCCAGUGGAAGAAGUUUCCUCACUGACAGACCACGCCAAAGUCAAAAAGUUGUAUAAAGUCACUCAAGAGGAGGAGAAGAGUGGGACACUGCUGGACGCGGUAGUAUGCAGGAUGGCUGCCAAGGACGUCAUGUAGCUUCCACAGGAAAAAGGACCGGAAAGGCAACCAUUUUUUUUAUUUUGAAUUCAUUUACUCUUCCACAUUGUAAAGUCCCAAAAUAUUGUGUUUUGUCGAAGUUAACUAUAAAAAAAUCUUAUUUCUCCCAUCUGAAAAUAAAUAUUUCAUAUAUUUUCUCAUGGACAUUGCUUUUCUCCUGCUCACAUUUACAUUUAGCAUUUUCUUUCCAUCUAAAAGGGGACAAAUAUCAGAUAGCAUGUGCUUAGAUUCCGCCUUGUUUGUUCUUCUAAUCUAAAUCAUCUUGAAUUACCUUUUUAAAAUAUAUAUAUUAGGACACUUAUAAGGAAAUGUAUAUUUUCAGCGUCAUUUUACUUGCUCCUGGAUAUUACAUUUUCACUCACUUCAAUUCUCAGAUUUUAUGCAGACACAACAAAAUGUGCAUACCAUAAAUUAAUUGAGAAAGAGAUGUUUAUUAAAAGUGAUUGCACACUCUGGAAAAAACAAAAUGACAUUGAACUUUUGUUAUUCUCCUUAAUAAUGCGGCAUCACAAUGCAAAUUGUAAAAGCUUAUAGAAAAUGUGUAAAAAAUAAAGGUUAUGGUACAAAGAUAACAUAUUUCAUCAUGAUUUCAGACAAGUAAAAUCCCACUGCAUCAUAUAGUUACAAUAAUGACAUUUACAGACAAAAUGGCCCUAAUAUUAUUAAGUAUUUCCAAAUCAGAAGCCCUGAAUAGUUGUUUUGUUCUCAGUGUGUUUCACUAAGAAAAGUCACAUCAUGCUUGUGUACAUUUGUCAUCCUGGGAAGUUGGCGAGCUCGUCUUUCCCGAUGUUCCCUCCGCUGAGGAUGCACACCACGUUCUUCCCCUCCAGCCCGGGUAUCUUGUUGUUAACGAUGGCAGCGAACGCAGCGCAGCCCGACGCCUCCACCACGAGGCCGGAGCUGUACAGGGUGGAGACCGCCGCCUUGAUCUCCUCAUCGUUUAUAAGGACAAUCCCCUCCACGUAGCGCUGACAUAGCUCGAAGGGCAGUUUGCCUGGGAUUCAGAGAAAAGGAGUGAUUAAAAAAUACAACAGUUUGAAGAACCUAACCUCAUUAAACAUGCAAAUGCUUGCCUUUUCUACAAGAUUGUCAACGGCCUUACAGUACCUAACCUCCUCUUAGACAGUUUAUUAACAUACGCACAACUGCAACUAGGGUAACAAGAGGUGCAGCGAGAGGAGAUUGCAUUAUUCCACUCAGAAAAAGUUAUUUCAGUCAAUCUUCA